GGGAAGGGUUGCUGGGUAGCCGUAGCCAUUUUACUGUGGGGUUGCGGGUAUUGAAACCCGGCAGCCGCUGCCGCCGGGAGAACAUUUGUGUACCGGGCGGUAAGAUGUUGCGGCUGCGCUGUAAAGCCCGGAGUGGUUCCUACCCGCUUCCCGGACUCACGGUCCAUUCCCGCCUGGGUGAGCUACAAGCUGCGAUUGCUGCUCUCACCGGGGUGUCCGUCCAGGCCCAACGCCUGCUACUCGGCUUCCCUCCUCGCGGCAUCGACCUCAGCGACGGUGAGCAGUGCCUUGGAGAGCUGGGCAUUCACUCAGGUGAUACUCUAAUAGUUGAAGAAGAUGCAACCAAACCCAAGACUGAAUCACCUCUAGUUACAAAAUGGACUGUUUCUAAUUCGGUCAGGGAAGCUCUGCCUGUGCUUGCCAGGAAGGUUGUUCCAGCAGAUAACUCGUGCCUGUUUACCAGCAUAUACUAUGUGGUAGAAGGUGGGGUUUAUGACCCAGGAUGUGCCCCAGAGAUGAGAAAUCUCAUAGCACAAAUUGUAGCAAGUGAUCCAGAAUCCUAUAGUGAGGCAGUACUAGGGAAAACGAACCAGGAAUACUGUGAAUGGAUCAAAAGAGAAGAUACAUGGGGAGGUGCAAUUGAGGUUUCCAUCUUGUCUAAAUUCUAUCAAUGUGAAAUCUGUGUAGUGGAUACUCAGACAGUCAGAAUUGAUCGUUUUGGGGAAGAUGCUGGCUAUUCUAAACGGGUGCUUUUAAUUUAUGAUGGUAUUCACUAUGAUCCACUUGAACGUAAAAUCCCCAACUCAGACAUUCCUCCCCAGACAAUUUUUUCAGCAUCUGAUGAUGUUGUUCUUGCACAAGCUUUGGAGUUAGCAGAUGAAGCCAGAAGAAAGAGACAGUUUACUGAUGUAAAUCGGUUUACAUUGAGAUGUAUGGUGUGUCAGAAAGGAUUAACAGGGCAAGUGGAAGCCAGAGAACAUGCCAAGGAGACCGGACACACCAACUUUGGAGAAGUGUGAAUUUUCUGUGAGGUUGGUCAUAUCUACUACCUCACUGUUCCAGAACAAUCCUCCAGGUUUUUAAAUAAGCUGUAUGUAAUAUUAUGAGUCAAUUCAAAGUUUGAAAGCCCUAAAUUUAAUUAUGGCUGAUAUGCACAGGUUUGCUGUUAGUGUGAGAAGUUUACAAGAGCAUAUGCAGCAGUGCCAUAUUUCCAAUUAGUUUGGUGUUUUCUUUUGCAUACUUAAGAACUACAGACAGCUAUUGGUACCAACAGCCAUAGUGACUCUUGAAAGAAUCUUAGUUGAUGCAGGAAUUCCUCUAACACAGCUGAAUAUAUGUGCACUGCACUGCUAUAGCUAGCUAGGCUUAUAUACAGGAUUAUAGAAUCACUGGUGGAAUAAAAAUCUCAACUCAGUUAUUGAGCUUUUGAUUAUGCAUUCUAGGGAAUAGUUAACUUGGUCUCUAUUCAGAGUUGACGAAAUAACUUGUUUCAGUUGUGCUCUUUCAAAAAGUUGUGUAUACUUCCCUAACUAAAAGGCUGACUACACAGUUGCCUCUUUAAAAUAGUAAUCCCAAAGCUGGCUUAUUUUAAUUGCUGAAUAAGAGUAUCGUGUGAAAAAAUAAGGCUAUUGUAGUAAAAGCCUUUAGCUUGAAGGCUUUGUCUUUAAUAUCCUUAGAAAGUGAAAAACUGCCAGUAAGCUCUCUCACUUCCUUGGUAUACAAUAUUACCACACUAUCAGUUACAAUUGAAACAGUAGUCAACUGCGUGGAUCUAUGUGCAUUGAUGGAAUGCUGUUCAAAAUUAUUGAAAUUAUAAGAAGUCCCAGCAGCAUGUUUUUUUUAAAGUAGACAAAAUUAUAUGUUGAAGAUACAGAGUUUGUGGGUUUAUUUCACAGUCCAUAAAUUCAUGACAUUUGUGCUUACAACAAAACCUUAUGAAAUGGUUAUAAGAUUCUAAAUAAGCUUUUUUCUUCUCUAAAUAUGGCUGUGUUGCUGGUUGACCCUUCUCAAAAUAUGCACUUCCAAAAGAAUUCUGAAACAAGUACCUGCUUUAUGGUGGGGGAUGAGGGGCUAGUUUGCUUUUACUAAAUUUUGAUUCCCAUGGGUGUUGGUGCUUCUUGCUAAGAAUGAAAUUUCCUGACGUGUGUCCAGCACCAUGUGUAAUGACUUGUUGGCUGUACAUUUCUGGUUGCCAUUAGGAAUUGAAAGCUAGAGAUCUUGCACCCUGGUCUAACUCUCACUUCAUCAUAUGUUAUAGCUGUUAAGGUUCCUAAAUGGGUAACUUAUUAUUGGUUUUUAUAAACUAUUUUUCUACAUAGACCUUUGGAAUUGGGUCUUAAGCUGCUCUGACAUUUGCAUUGUAUCAGGUCAUGGGUUAUGGCAGGUUAGACAACUAUGAUUACUUGAAUGUGUCUGUAAAUCACAGUUCUAAGGAAAAAUGUAGUUUAGUUUAAACAUAAAUGGUGGGUGGAGGUUGGUGUGGUUACAGAAACACUGAGCUUAAACCUUGAGGGUCCUUGUGAAUGGUAACAAAUUCACAUUCAUCCUUGGGAAUAACACUAAGAAGCAAGUCUAAAAAGGUAAGAAUGCAGCAUUUGAGAGGAAGAAAAAAAUGGUUCACAAAAUGGGAGUGUUACCAUUUAUGAAUAACUACAUGAGUGCUGAAGAUGUACAAAUAACAUACCUUGAUUAAAAGAUCAGAAAAUGCUAUUGGGAUAGUGUUUUAGCUAAUCGCCAUUAGUAUCAUAAACCAGCCUUUCCUAGACUGGUGCUCUCCUGAUGCUUUGGACUACAGUGUCCAGCAUUCCUUAUCAUUGGGCACAUUGGUUGGGGCUGAUGUAAGCUGAAACCUGUUCAGAGAGUGCCAGGUGCGGGGGGAGCUUUUACAAAUACUAUGUUUCCCUGAAAAUAAGACCAGGUCUUAUAUUAAUUUUUGCUCCUAAAGAUGCACUAGGGCUUUUUUUCAGGUGAUGUCUUAUUUUUUCACAAAUAAAGAUCUACAUUUAUUCAUGUACAAAAAUUACAUUUAUUCAAAUACAGUCAUUCCAUCUUCUGGAAUAUCACAACUCUCCAAACCCUGAACUGUGUUUCAACGGACGUACUAAAUGCGUCCAUCUGGCUGACAAUCUUAACUGGGGUUAUUUUGGAGGGUAGGGCUUAUGUUAUGAGCAUCCUGAAAAAUCAUGCUAGGGCUUAUAUUCUGGUUAGGUCUUAUUUUUGGGGAAACAGGAUACUAGGCAAUAAAUGCCAUGAAUCUUUGUGUAAGCUGAUGUGAGUAAGCUGUUCUAACCCCAGUUUUUAUCUGGGACUAAAUAUCUUCAUAAAAAGAAAAUAAAUGGCUAGGAUGGAGUAAGAUCACUAGUGUGAAAAAGACCAAUGAAUUGCAGCCUGACAGAAUUGAGCUGUUACAGAAGAUAGCAUGAAAGUUAGGAAUAGCUAUAAGCACAAGUUUCAGUGCAGCAGGAAGCUGUUCCAUGAUACCAAGUGGGUAUUUAAUUCAUGGCACUAUCAGUCUAGUCCAUAGUAUCUAAAAUUACAUUGUUAAUUAUUGGCAUAAGAUUAAAACGGACAUGUACUAACCUGUUGCACUUAGGAUGGAGGUAUAUUAUGCUGCUGUAUGCUGUUGGCAGCUAUUUGUUGUAGUCUUUAUGAAUUUUUUCAGAUAUUUGAGCUACUUUGCUGCAUUUAUGCUUGUUUGAAUAUGUUCAGGUGGAAUUACUCUAGAAACAAAGUUCUUUUUUCUGUAAGGAGUACUACAAAAUUGGGGGUUCAUAGAUUGGCUCUGGUCCAGCUGAAGUUAGUUUUAAGUCCCAUUUACAGCAAUGGGAAAGUUAUUCACAGCUAAAUUAAGACCUGUUAAUCACUAAGCUCAGAAGUAAGUCCCACUGUAUACAGUGGAAUUUACUCCCAAAGAAGUGGAUAGGAUUGCAGACAAUGAAUACUAUCUGGUUCAGGGCUAGGCAGUACAUGUACCAUUUAGACUAGUCCUGUGAUACCUUGCAGAAAGCCUUAAUUGAACAAACCAACAGGGGUCAUGUUUCAGGAAUGCACUUCCAAGAUUGCCUAGCUGCAUGUUUUCUUUGACUGAAGGACAUUGGGUAAGCAGAGUUCAGUUACCAGAGCUUUGCUUGAUUAUGGCUUAAAUAGUAAAAAUUCAGAGCAAAGCAGAAAAAAUAAAUGGUAAGAUGUUUAUGAGUAACACUGACACCAUGUUUCCUUACCCUAAGUGAUUAAAGCAGCAAGCCUAUAAAUGCUUACCUCAGAGGAAGUACCACUGGGGUUUACUUCUGAGUAGAUAUGUUUAAGAUUUGGGCUAUUAAACUUCUUGAUGCACAGUCCUAUGCAAGUUUAGACAGAUAAAAGGCCUAUACAUUCCAGCAUAAUUGGCUGGGACAUGCUGGGAGAUAUAGGCCUUUUUCUGUUCAAUUUUUCUAGGAUUGCACCCUUAAUUUUAGCAUGUAUUUUAAACCUCUUUCCUUAGCCUUUUCCAGAUUUCAUAGUUCUAAAAUGUGUAGGAUUGAUGAUGAAUGUGGCAUAUUUUAUGCAAAAUUCUUGUGCUUGAGUAUAUUAAAGAUUUGAUAUAAAGCCACAUACCCAUUACUUGGAGAAAGAAUUCAUUAAAAUUAUUAGCAUGUCCAAGCUUAUAUCUUAAAGAUAAAAUGUGAAGCUGUGCUCUGAAAUACAUUAAUGAAUAUUGACUUGAGUAAAACACAGAAUGUUGGUUUAAAUCUUGUCCUUUAGAGAAAAUGAACUUAUAUUACUUUAUUCACAAAUUGGCUCAGAUUAUGGGCGGUUUAUCAUUUUAGCUGCAGUUUGAAUGCUUGAGAAAUGGUGAAAUUCACCAAUCUCACAAAAGUUGUUAGGCUGACUGAAUUGUAUGCUACUUGGACAAAGGUGCUAAAAGAAAUUAUUUUGUAUAUUUUCUAUUUUUAAAUGGAUGUACCUUACAUACUACAUUUUUUGCUAUAAUGUUUUUCCAGAGACUUGACAUUUGUAAAUAAACCUAGUAUGCUUUAAACUUUCUGCAGCUGAUCUCAAAAAUAGAAACAAGUACAAAAUGUUGCUUUUCCCUUUGAGUCUUGUCAUCAGUAUUAUAUAUGCAGGUUAUGCUUUUAGUUGUGUAAUGUAUCUUUCAGGUAACAUGUUCUCAAAAGUGUAUUGGUUUGAUUUUGCUGAAAUUGUAAUUGGAGUGAGGUACCUGCGAAGUCAGAGGUGGGCAGAAAAUAGAUCUUCAUGUGUUUUUAAACUUCAUGUCACAGUAUUCUUGGUCAUUGGCCAUGUUGGCAGGGGCUUCUAGGAAUCCAGAACAUUUUGUGAUCUGCAUUCUGGUCACCUCUUUAUCAUGGGAGGAAAACCUUUUAAAGGUUAAAGUUGUAGGUCAAUGCAUUUGAGCGGUGGAAUUAUAAAAACUGCAGACCAGGAUUCAUAUUAUCAAAUAUUCUGAUACAUCCAACUACCCAUAAAUAAAAUCUGAAAAUUCACAAGCUGGACAUAAAGUUAAUCAUCUGUUCAACUCUUGGGUCUUUGCAGAUAGUGAGACAUACUACUUAUAAACAUGGAGGUAUCAGUUUAGUUUUCAUGCCUUAUAUCCAUGAAUAGAUCUGACCUUUGAACCAGUAGCAGUUCUCAUACUUAGUGGUAGUGAAUUUCAGUAGCAAUGCAUUGUGUGAAGGUUUUUUUUUCUUCCUUAACCAAAUAUGAACCAACAUUAUCACUGUGUACUAGUAUUUCUAGAGAAAAGGGGGACACUACAGCUUCUGCACAGUCACCCUGCAGCUUCUGAAUAGUCUUAUGUCUCGCUCUCUUUUAGAACAACCAUAAAUGUGUAAGCUUUUUAUUUUGUAGAAGUUGGACAUGUAAGAAAUACAGUCGGAUCAAAUAGGAGAUGAACCUCCUUGCAGCAAAUAUUGGCACAUAUUCAUUUGUCAAAGCUGAAUUGUAUGGCUCACUAUCUUGCACAGAAAACUCAAGUAUGCCUGUAAAUCUGGGGGCUUAGGUCACAGGCUAGAAUAAAUAUAUAUUUUUAAAAAGAUUGUAUUAAUAAAGAAGCCAAUGUUUAUCAUACCUUCAUUUCUUAUUUGUAAAAAACCUUAUAUUUUCAUUAUCAUUAACAGUGUUGGCAUGCUUCUUAAUCUGAGUAUAGGACUUCUGUGGAUGAACAGUCUUCUCAGGCUGAGCACUGUACUUUUUGCCAUUGAGAGGAAAUUAUUCUGGAAAGUUUCUGUUGAAAGUGUCCUUUUGAAAAAACCUAUUCAGAUUUUGGUGGAGAUGACUAGAACAUCUGAAAAUUGAUGUACCCAAUUACCUUGAUUUAGACACUAGUAUAAUAGAAUGCAACUUUUGGGAUAUAUAGAAAUUCAUUUUUAGCAUUGUGAUCUUUGGUAGUAUCAAACAGUGCAACAAGUAAUGUAAAUUAUGCUGGACUUGGUCAGACACUGGUGGCCUUCAGAGGCACUUGAACUGCAACUCCGAGAAUUCCCAUCCAGCAGGGCCAUUGACUGGGAAUUCUGAGUGUUGCAGUCCAAAUGUGUCUGGAAGGCACAAAAUUGAGGAAAACUGCUCUAGGGCAAUCAUAGCAUUAGCUAGUGUGCUGAUUUCCCAAGGAAAUCAGCAUGCCAGUUAUUGAAAUUUGCAAUACAUACUAGCAAAUCAUGAUUUAUUAUAGUGGUUAUAUCCUGUUAAAUACUGUUCCAUAUGUACUAGGAAUCUUUCUUUCCUCUUUUGCCUUGUACUGUCUAGGAAUAGGUUAAUAUAUUCAUUCCACUGCCAGUUUCUGUGUGUAUUGACCAUCUAGCUGCCUUCUGACAAAUGUUAAUGUCUUUAAUGCUAACUCCUAAAUGUUUCAGUGUAUGACAGUAAUGCCUAAGUCAUAAUGGAACACAAAACUGUAAUCUUAUUUGACUGGGUUAAAUGUAGGAACUCUGUUCUGAGACUUGCAGAUUUGGAGACUAUCACCAGCACUAACUUCCAAAAGUAUGAAGGAACUUAAAGUAUUCUUAAGCAUGUGGCCUUUUGCACGCUUUUGUAUGAGAUUAAUGUCUCAAGUUACAGCACUUUAAAAGCUUGUCAAUCAAAGUUUACAAGUUUAGUGUGUCUUGCCGGGGAGUGAAAUGGUGCAGAAAGUGCAUUAUACAAUAUUUUUGAAAGUCCUGGUAGUUUAAUAUUUUCCAGUGGUACAGCAUCUUACUACUUCAUCAUAGAAAUCAGUGUUCUGUUGGACAUGUGCACAUUAAUUUAAUUAUAGCAGCAAUAAAAUGUAAUAUUUAUGCAUGCAUAUUCAACACUGUGUUCACUUGUGGUUCUAUUUUUUAUCUUCAAUAAACUUUAAUAUUUGAGAA